AUGUUUUUAGUAGCGGUAGCUAGACCUAUAUUUGAUGAUGAAGAUAAUGUGAUGUUCACUGGAAAAAUUGGUGUGUUUUCCCUAGUUGAUAAAGUGUUGGCAAGAAGGUCAAGUGUCAAUCGGUCAAUAGGGACACUUGAAACAAAAUCAAUUACUUCUAUCACUAAAGAUGUUAGUCGAAUGUUUUUAAUAAACAAGAUCUUACCGGCCCUCAAAGAAAAAUGGCCACGGGAGCAUGCAUGUGAGACAAUUUUUAUUCAGCAAGAUAAUGCACUGUGUCAUGUUUCUUUAGAUGAUGAAGAAUUUCGUGUAGCAGAUUCUGAAGGAGGCUUUGACAUUCGUUUGACUUGUCAACCGCCUAAUUCUCCCGAUUUAAAUGUUUUGGAUUUAGGUUUCUUUAAUGCCGUACAAUCAUUGCAACAGAAAGAAGUGGUUAAUUCAGUUGAUGAGCUUAUUCAAAUCGUAGAAAAUGCUUAUGAGUCUUUUGAUAUCAAAAGUUCAAACAAGAUUUUUCUUACACUUCAAUCGUGUAUGAUUGAAAUUAUGAAGAAGAAAGGAUCCAAUGAUUAUAAAAUUCCUCAUAUAAAAAAAGAUGUAUUGCUUACUCAAGGAAGGACCCACUUGACUCAAAUGUGA